AGUCCUCAACAUUCUACACUCCCCUCCUCUCUCCUCUGUCUCUCUCCCCCGCUCUCUCACUACCCUCGUCUUAUCCUCUCCCUUGCUUCUGUUGGGGCCCCCUAUGCCUUUCAGAUAGACCAAACACAACUAAUUUGAUUUCAUUAUUAAAUCCUCCCCAACCAGCAACAAAUGCUCAUCACGGCCGUCAAACACCACAACCCCCCCCCCCCCCCGCGCCUGUCUCUCUCUCUCUCUCUCCCCGACUUCUUUCAAUUUUGGGUUGUUUCACUCAUGACUGGCGCCAUGAACAACAGAGAUUUUUGGCUUCCGUCGGAGUUCCUUACCGCCGACGACAUGCUCAUGGGCAAAGAAAACUUAAACAAAAACAACAUUGCUUUCGCGACCAAUUUUGGCUUCCCCACUGACUUUCCGUACGAGUUUGGCUCGUCUCUGCUCAGUUCCCCCGUUGAGUCGGUUGUGGGCUCAACCGAGACGGAGAGCAACGAGGAUGACCUACUCACCGGGUUGGCCCGCCGGUUCGCUCGUUCCUCCCUCAACGAGAAAGCCCUCAAAAUCACUUCUGCUCAGCAAAAUCUGGAGAAAUCGUGGGCCGUUUCCGGUUCGCCGCAGUCGACUCUGAGCGCGGUCGGAAGCUGGUCCGUCAGCCCGACGCCAUUGGGUGGGAACAACGACGGUUGGGAUUUGAUGUAUGCGGCGGCGGCGGCGGCGGGACAGCUGGCAAGGCUGAAGAUGAAUGGCGAAGGCCUCUCCCCCACUCAGAUUCUCACUCCCAUCCAACACCCUUCUCACCCUGUGAGAAACCCCAACACCGCAUUCUAUGCAAAUCAGUCCAACUCUCAUACCCUCUCACAUCCAAAUCACCUUGGGAAUUUGAGAAAGGAGGAAGUGCUGAAACAACAGUGGUCUUGUAUUUGGGGAAGGCAAAUCCCGUCAAAGCAACAAGGGUUCCAGAGUAGUAGUGGGGGGUAUGAAAGGCAAGUGGGUUUGUCUGAAUCUCCAUGGCUUCCCGUGCAAGUCCAGAGGCAGAACCACCCAAGUCAGCGGCGGCAGUGCGGUGGGUCGGGGAUGAGAGCGGUUUUCCUCGGCGGAUCUGGAGGGAAGAGGGAGUGCGCUGGUACUGGUGUGUUUUUACCUCGUAGAUAUGGAAGCAACAACCCUUCAGAGUGUCGGAAGAAGCCAGGCUGUUCAGCUGCCCUACUCCCAGCUAGGGUUGUCCAGGCUCUGAACAAUAGUAAUUUUGACAACAUGGCUUCGCAGUCCCAGGCCCAGGCCCAACCCCAAUUUAACAAUGCUUUCGGCCCGGAAUACGAUAAUUUGAUCAUGAGAAAUGCGAUGUUGAAUCAGCAGAGGUGGAGUAUAAUAAGGCCAGAACUAGGGGGAAUGAGGAGGAGGAGGAGGAGUCACGAUUUGUGCCUUCUCCCCCAGGAGUGGACGUAUUAAUUUAAUUCCACUCUCCUCCAAUCGUUUCGAAAUUCUCAUUUGACAGUGUUGGAAAAAGAAAAAAGAAGCAGCAGCAGAUCUAGAGUAAGUUAGAAAGAAAGAAAGAAAGGUAAAAGGGUAGUACUAGUAAGUAGUACAAGGAUGUGAUAGUGAUGUUGUUUGGUUUCUUUAUUGUUAGGCCAAGAAAUUACUACUCCACUACUGUAGUAGGAGUAGAGUAUAUUACUGUAUGUUGUGUAGUGUAUGGAGUAGACUGGUAGUGGUAGUUAGGGGAAGAAGUCAAAAAAACUACUAAUAAGAGAUCCAAGUGGGUUUUAAUUUGGAGAUUGCAGGUUUUUGUAGGCUGGAAAGGAACAACAAGAGGUAGUAAAGUGGGGUAACCUGUGGGGAAGGUUGGUUUCUGGUCCUAGUCUAUCUAUCUCUGCUACUAAUAAAUAAAAUAGGAGUACUAAAUAAGUCUGGUUUGGGUAUUUGGGUUCUGUGUUAUCGUUAGUCCUCUCCAUGUAUUUCCCCAUUUGCAAGCAAAUAAUUCCUGCUACUAUGUUUUACUGUUGAAACUCUCUCUCUCUCGGCCCCGGUGGUUUGUUUUUGGUAGUUUCCCUUUUCCAUCGUAUGUUGGUAAAACUUGAGGGUGUUGUCAAAUUGUAAAGGGCAAAUUAUUCAAA